ACUGCAACUCAAUUUUGAUACUAUAUAUUACCAAUAGGAGCCUAUAGUUGACUUUUUGUUUGAUUAAUUAUUUGGUUUGACUUACCUCUCGUAUAAACACAUUAGUGAGGAAACCAAGAAAAUUGUUGACCACAACCAUAUUUUACGGCACUUAAAUUCUUCGUUCAAAGUUCAAACAAACACAAAGAUCAACAGAUCUUUUUUUCUGUUUUAUGUACGAAAAAUACAAAAACACAUGGUUGCAGUCGUGUCACGUUGUCCAACAUGUGCGACCAUGUAAGAUCAAAUACAAGUGAUCAAGAUUUCUUUUUAAUAAAUUUUAUUCUUUUGGAAUACUAAUUUAUUUUUAUUUUUAUCCUUUUUUUGUGUGUAACUGAAUACCAUUCAGCUACUUACUUUGGUAGGUUUUAAACUUUGGUUUAGAAAUUAAAACAUAUGCAAGUUAAGUCAUUCAUUUCUUAAUUUAAACUAGUAUUAUUCUUCUUAUACAUCUAAAAUGACAAAUUCACAGUAUAUAACUGUUGAGAAAAAAUCGCACAAUCUUGAUCCAGAAAGCUAAAGUAGUUAUUAAACAUGUUUAAAAUGAAAGAAAAUUAAACUAAUUUCCACCUAAAUACUGAUGUGAAUCCAGUUUAAAGGUCCCCAUUUGCCAACGGCUCAUUCCUUUGAAGUCUCAACUUCCGGACCCUCCUCGCCUUCAUCUUCAUCAAUAACGUAAUUAAGAGCACUAACUACUAACUAGUAGAGUUAAAUGAUCUUUAAUUGUCACCUACAUAAAAUUCCAAACCUUAUUAGAAGCUUCUUCUAGAGUCUAGACCCUCAACAUACUACUUGUCUUCCCUUACUUUUACACAGGGUUUUAUAUUCUUUCUUAUUCAAACACGUUUCCAAGUUAGAUGAUGAGCACAGAACAGUUUUGUUCUUUUACUAGUCGUCGGAAGAAAACCUUAGUAAAAAGUAGAUAAACAAAAACAAAACACAGUUGCACUGAGUUUCUGUUUCUUUCUUUAUCGUUACUCUGUUUUAAGCUGAAACAAAGUGUCUUCAGUUCCGAUCAAAGAUGGGUCUUUACGUAGAAUGUCAUCGUCUUCGUGAUCGUUGACGAAGACAUGGCAGCGUCUUCUCAGGUAGAGAUCGCGUCUCUGCGAUCUAACUUCGGAUGUCUCCUCAGAGAUUGCAACAGAAGAAACAACAACGAUGACGUCAUUGUCAAGAAGAAUCUGCACGCACAAGUGAAAUCUCCAGUUAUCUCCGACAAGAACUCGCAGAACAGAGUCGGUUCUUGGAAAGGGAACAAGCCAAGAAAGAAGAGCAAAAGCCGUCUUGGAUCGCCGGAGAAACUACGUGUCGGAAAAGCAGCGAGCAACUUUUCCGACAGGACUAAACCUUCGCUCGUGCAGAUAUGGGAGGCACGGCUGAGUCCAUCCAACGGCGGAAACUCUCCGAUCCACGGCCAAGGAACUGAGAGAAGUGUUGGAGCGAGCGUUCAAGAAGAAACCAACCUUUCGGCUCCCUCCAUCGACGGCGAAUCUGAGUCAGAGAACGAGUCGAGGGAUCAUGAUCCAACGGUGGAGAUUGAAUCCGAGACUCUCCACUCGGUUCCUGACUCGGGAGAGAGCAAAUGGGGCCGAGUCGCUGAGAUUAUCCGGAGACUGAAGCUAACCGCCGGCGAUAAUGUCGGUGCAGUUGAGAAAACGUCUUUACCGGAGAAAAGUAAUUUUCCGGUGGUUUCUUCGCCGCGUCUCCGAGGACGGCAAGCGUUUACCGAUUUGCUUACGCGUAUAGAACGCGACCGUCGCCGGGAACUACAGUCGCUUCUUGAACGCAACGCAGUUUCUAAAUUUCCUCAACGCGGUCGCCUCCAGUCAAUGUUGCGGCUAAGGAGUCUCAAACGCGGCCUAGUGAUUCAAGAUCGUCACCGGUCUAGCCCAAAAUCACCUGAUUUGAAUCGCCUCCAACCUUGUUCUACAGUUCUCCACCUAAGGGAAAGAUUUCGAGGAAACGCCGCUUCUUCUAGGGAGAAAUUAAGCCGUCAAAAGCGCAAGAUAAAGGAGGCAAUGCUACUCAAGAAAGAAACAGUUUCAAAUUUGAGUUACCUUGAGCCGCAAGAAACAAUAGUACCAGAAGCUUUGAUAAGAGAAUCUGAUGACACUAGCCCCCGCUCCAGCGUAACUCAUCAAGAAUCACAGAUCCUGGACAACACUGUAGAAAGCGGUUGUCAAGGGAGUCAAGAAACGUUGUAUGGAUGGGAGGAGCAAGAAGAGUAUGAGGAAGAACAGUCUUGUUACGGAGAAAUGAGCUAUUAUGACUGGUUUACAGAAAUAUCUCGGCCUCGGACUUACUGGGAAGAUCUGAGGAAAUCGCGGUAUUUGGAAGUGAUGAACACUCGAUCUGACAAAGAUGAUAUAUGCAGACUCCUUGAGAGAAGAACGGUUUCUGAUUUUCUCCAGAGUGGAUUGCGAGAGAAGAUCGAUAAGCUAAUAAUGUCCCGUGUUCAGACACAUUCUGUUCAACUGAUUGACAAAGCUGGUAAAGAGGAACAGAAUUGUGACAUAGGCGACGAAGUAGAAGAUGAUGACUUGAGCCAGACGUCAUCGCAGCUAUUUGCAUCAUCACCGGCAGGUUCAUGGAGUUCUCAGGACACAGGAGUUACUUCCACUCCUGACUUAUUAUUACCUCUUCACAAUCUCCAGACCACUGAGGUGGAGAUUAUAAGCGAAAUGAGAUCACAGAUCUUACAGCUACAGCUAGAAAUGUCGGAGCUACGAGACUCUGUCAAAACGUGUUUGGACGUAAACGCUAGCCUUCAAAAGUCAGUUCACAGGGAAAACCCACUGAAACGCAAAUGCUGCGUUUGCAACGAAACUCAAGUUGAUACACUUCUAUACAGGUGCGGCCACAUGUGCACAUGCCUGAGAUGCGCAAAUGAACUACAAUGUAAUGGCGGGAAGUGUCCGAUUUGUUAUGCUAAGAUCCUUGACGUUGUCCGUGUCUUCGUCGAUUCAAGAACCUAAAACUAAUAAAACCAACGGUUCAAAACGCUAACGAUACUUCACUUAACCUUACAAACGUUUUCUUUUGUUUUAUGACUUUUUUUCUUCCUUUGUUUGCUUUUAAGCUAGACUGUAGCGCGUUUGCGUUUUGGAUCUGCGUCCAGGAUUCAUAUCCAUGCUCUUUAUUGUUGGAAUAACUAACCGAGCCUCUUUUCU